AUAAGAAGCCCCGCGUCAUGUUAUUGUUGCUCUGUAAUUCGAAAUCGUGACCGAAAACAGCCCCCCGUUCUCUCUCUCUGUGCACUCUUUACCCUAACACACAAGUAUACGGCGGCGUUCCAUUUCGAAGGUCAUCCUUUUCUCAGGUUCCAAGGAAGCUCAUAAGGCAAUUUUACUAAUUCAAAGCACUAUAUUUCUGCUCUACUUCUCGACUUUUCUGCCAGAGGUUCAACACAUAAUUUUCUCCAUAUCCUUGGCGUUCUUUAAGUUAUCAAAAAGACCAGGGAAUGCUGAAAGAUGUGCUUGAAAGUUGAGAAUUCCCUCUCUAAGGACGAUGAAGUUGCUCCUUUUGGGCUGCCCUUGUUUAUCUUUGAUGGCGUCGGUUGUUUAACUUACAUCCCAUCACGGGUCCGUUCUCAAAUUCCCUAUGCAGCCAUAAAUUUAAGAGAACACGCCAUUUCAAAACACGAUGUCUGUGAAGAUGGUUGAGCUUUUGUGUUGUUAAAAUCAGUUAUUCUGUUCUUGUCUCAUAAAUAACUAUAUCUAAGAUAUUGCACUAGCAGGUAAAAGAAAGUUUUGUUGCAGACAAUAAUCAGCGCUUGACAUGGAAAACAAAGAGAUUAUAUUGAUGCAACGGUAUGAAUUAGGGAGACAACUGGGCCAAGGUACCUUUGCCAAGGUUUACUAUGCAAGGAACCUUAAAACUGGUAUGAGUGUGGCCAUUAAGGUAAUUGAUAAAGAGAAAAUCUUGAAGGUUGGGAUGAUUGAACAGAUUAAGCGGGAAAUUUCUGUCAUGAGAUUGGUUAGACAUCCCAAUGUGGUGGAGCUUUAUGAGGUAAUGGCCAGCAAAACCAAGAUUUACUUUGUUAUGGAAUAUGCUAAAGGUGGUGAGCUCUUCGCCAAGGUGGCCAAAGGAAAGCUCAAGGAGGACGUUGCUAGAAGAUAUUUCCAACAGUUGAUCAGUGCUGUUGAUUACUGCCACAGUCGAGGCGUGUAUCACCGGGAUUUGAAGCCAGAAAACCUACUGUUGGAUGAGAAUGGGAAUCUGAAAGUUUCAGAUUUUGGAUUGAGUGCCCUUGCUGAUUGUAAGCGUCAAGAUGGGUUGCUCCAUACAACCUGUGGAACCCCUGCAUAUGUUGCCCCAGAAGUGAUUAAUAGAAAAGGCUAUGACGGAUGCAAAGCUGAUAUUUGGUCAUGUGGAGUGGUUUUAUAUGUUCUGAUGGCUGGUUAUCUCCCAUUUCAUGAUUCAAAUCUGAUGGAGAUGUAUAGGAAGAUUGGUAAGGGUGAAUUUAAAUUCCCUAACUGGUUUGGCCCGGAAGUUCGAAGGUUGUUGUCGAAGAUCUUGGAUUCAAACCCAAGUUCCAGGAUAUCCAUGGCCAAGAUAAUGGAUAAUUCUUGGUUCCGGAAGGGUUUAGAUCCCAAACCCCGAAUGACUCGAUCAGAAGAGAAAGAACCUGCCCCUCUGGAUGUCGAUGCAGUUUUUGGACCUAAUGAGAAUAACAGUUCCAUCACAGAAUCAAAGCGGGAGGAGUUGGCAAAGCCUUGUAACUUGAAUGCAUUUGAUAUCAUAUCCUUUUCUGCAGGUUUUGAUUUGUCUGGUCUGUUUGAGGAGACUGACCAGAAGAAAGAGGUGCGAUUUACGGCCAAUAAACCUGCCUCAACCAUAAUCUCUAAGCUGGAAGACAUUGCCAAGCGACUGAGACUGAAAGUGAAAAAGAAAGAUGGGGGUUUGUUGAAAAUGGAGGGGUCCAAGGUAGGCAGGAAAGGGCUCUUGGGCAUCGACACCGAGAUCUUUGAGAUCACCCCACUUUUCCAUUUGGUGGAGAUGAAAAAGACAAGCGGAGACACACUGGAGUAUCAAAAGCUGUUGAAACAGGACAUUCGACCAGCUCUCAAGGACAUUGUUUGGACAUGGCAAGGGGAGCAGCAGCAAGAAGUAGGGCAAGAAGAGCAACAGGUUGCAUCACCUUCAGAUCCAUAGAAGUUCAUGGAUUGCAUGUAAUUUGUGUCUGUACUAGUCAUGUUCUUAAUCUUUUUUUU